CCUCUCGUAGCCUGGAGAACCGACAAACUACAAACCUCAAAAAAAUCAUACCUUCCCACCUACACACCCUGCCUGUGGCGCGUCUGGAUGGCGAUGGAGAUCAGUCAAUAGAGCCGCAGUGAGAGAAGGUAGCCAUCCCUCAUGGACAAGAUGUCGCAACCCGCGCAUGAUGCCCUCAAUCGGAUUGUGAGCGAGCUGCGCUCCAAGUAAGGACCGACCUUUAUUCCUUCGUGCGGGACUGGCAGUUACUCAUGCUUUGAUUUAGGACAAGCGAUGAUUUGAGAAAGAGGGCAGCUCUGGAUCUGAGAGAUCUGGUAGUUGCGUCUGCAAGAGGUAAGAGUGAGAGAUCGGACAGAAAACAUACCUUUAUGAUGCGACUGAACAGCUGCUAAUGCCCUCACAGCCGAUGUAUCCCAAGAACGAUUCUUAGAGUUCUACAAUGUUGUGAACCAGAGAAUUACUCAACUAAUUACACAUGCGAGCGAUCCCAUCGAUAGACUCGGUGGUAUACAUGCCCUCGAUGCCCUCAUCGAUUUUGAUGGCGUCGACGCCGCUCAGAAAACUACACGCUUCGCGCAAUCACUACGAACGGUAUUGAGAGGAAAGGACCUUGUGCUUAUGCAACCGGCUGCAUUGGCUCUUGGAAAGAUGUGCAGACCUGGAGGAGCUAUUAUAUCAGAUCUUGUUGAAGCUGAGAUCAAGACCGCAUUGGAAUGGUUGCAGUCUGAUCGAAUUGAGGAGCGAAGAUAUGGAGCUGUGCUCAUCCUGAGAGAAUUGGCGAAGAAUGCCCCGACUUUGGUAUACGGAUUCGUAGGAUUGAUCUUCGAUCAAAUAUGGGUUGGACUGCGAGAUCCACGAUACCUCAUUCGCACAACUUCCGCAGAGGCUAUUAGUGCUUGUUUCCAAAUUAUUCGCGAGCGAGAUCAGAGUAUGCGUACUACGUGGCAAACAAAGAUUUACGAUGAAGCGGUACAGGGUGUUCGACAGGGCUCUGUGGAGUAUAUCCAUGGCUCGCUGCUUGUUAUCAAGGAGCUUCUGCACCAAGGAGGCAUGUUCAUGCAUGACCAUUACCAAGAUGUUUGUGAGAUUAUCUUCAGACACAAAGAUCACAGAGAUGCACAGAUUCGCAAGACUGUUGUCAUGUUGAUACCUGAGCUUGCCAAUUAUUCGCCAACGGAGUUUGCGGGAUCCUACCUGCAUAAGUUUAUGGUUUUCCUUUCUGGGAUGCUGAAGAAAGACAAAGAUCGCAAUGAUGCAUUUAUGGCAAUUGGAAAUAUUGCGAACGCGGUGAAGAGUGCUAUUGCACCCUACUUGGAUGGUGUGUUAAUAUAUGUAAGAGAAGGCCUGAGCAUAAAAUCGUAAGUUUCUCCUCAUCCAUACAGUGCCUCGAAAUCAAGGCUUAUAUUUUUCUUAGGCGACGAAGUGGCACAGUUGACCCUGUGUUUGAUUGUAUCAGCAGAUUGGCGGUCGCUGUUGGGCAAACUUUGAGCAAAUAUAUGGAGGCACUUCUUGACCCUAUAUUUGCUUGUGAGUUGACACCAAAAUUAACCCAAGCUCUCGUCGAUAUGGCUUUUUACAUCCCGCCCGUCAAACCAACGAUCCAAGAGAGACUUCUCGAUAUGUUGAGCAAGGUACUUUGCGGCGAACCUUUCAAACCCCUUGGAGCUCCAAUACCAAAUAGUAUCGCCACAGCGCCAGUCGUCCCGAAGGACUCGAAGGAUCCGCAAGCUUACGAGCACCGUCAGACCGAGAUCAAGCUUGCGCUGAACACCUUGGGCAGUUUUGACUUCACCGGCCAUGUUCUCAAUGAGUUUGUCCGCGAUGUUGCGAUCAAGUAUGUGGAAGACGAAAACCCUGAUAUUCGAGAAGCCGCGGCCUUGACUUGCUGUCAACUUUAUGUACGAGAUCCUAUUGUCAAUCAGACUAGUCACCACGCGAUUCAAGUUGUGAGUGAGGUUAUUGAAAAGCUGCUCACAGUUGGAGUUGCCGAUCCCGAUCCUGGAAUUCGAAGAACGGUUCUUGCUGCUCUGGACGAACGCUUCGAUCGACACCUUGCAAAGGCUGAGAAUAUCCGUACCCUCUUUUUCGCGCUCAACGAUGAGGUCUUCGCCAUCCGGGAGGUGGCUAUUGCAAUUAUUGGUCGUUUGACUCAUGUCAACCCAGCAUAUGUCAUCCCUUCAUUGCGAAAGGUCCUCAUUCAGAUGCUGACAGAGCUUGAGUUUUCAGACGUCGCCAGAAACAAGGAGGAGAGUGCAAAAUUAAUCAGUUUGUUGGUACAGAACUCACGAACAUUGAUCAAACCUUAUGUUGAUCCAAUGAUUGCUGUAUUGUUGCCAAAAGCACGCGAUGGAAUUCCUAGCGUCGCUGCUACCAUCCUGAAGGCAAUUGGCGAUUUAUGUACGGUUGGCGGAGAAGACAUGAUUCCAUACAUCGACAAAUUGAUGCCAAUUAUCCUCGAAGCUCUACAAGACCAAAGCUCAUCGUCGAAGCGGGAAGCCGCUCUGCGAACUCUUGGCCAACUGGCUAGCAAUUCCGGAUAUGUUAUCAAACCCUACUUGGACUACCCGUCACUCCUAGAGAUCCUACAAAACAUCAUCCGCGGCGAACCUCAACGGGGCACUCUCAGACACGAAACGAUCAAGCUGAUGGGUAUUCUUGGUGCCUUGGACCCCUACAAGCACCAGCAAGUCGAAGAAAGAUCGCCAGAAAUGCAGCUUCGAUCUGAGUCUCAUCGAACGACUGAUAUAUCGCUCAUGAUGGACGGCCUCACACCUUCAAUGAAGGAGUAUUUUCCGACUGUCGUGAUCAACGCUCUGCUACAAAUCUUGAAGGAUCAAUCACUCGUGCAACAUCAUGCCGUCGUAGUUGAGGCAAUCAUGCAAAUAUUCAGAACACUCAGCAUGGAAUGUGUUCCCUUCCUAAGCAAGAUCAUUCCCGCUUUCUUGUCUGUCAUCCGAGGCUCUCCUCCGACAAGACUCGAAUCCUACUUCAAUAACUUGGGCAUCUUGGUUGGUAUCGUCAAGCAACACAUUAGGAACUAUUUGCCUGAAAUCGUGGCUGUUCUACAAGAAUACUGGGGUGCCACACCUACCCUCCAAUCUAAUAUCCUCGGGUUAGUCGAAGCGAUUUCAAGAUCGUUGGAGGGUGAGUUCAAGAUCUACCUGGCGGGCCUCUUGCCGCUUAUGCUGGGUGUACUUGAGAAGGAUAAUUCAACCAGAAGACUUCCAUCUGAGCGUGUUUUGCAUGCUUUUCUCGUCUUUGGCUCAAGUGCAGAAGAGUACAUGCACCUCAUAGUCCCUGUCAUCGUCGGUGUUUUCGAUAAGCCGCAGCAAGCAUCAUUCAUUCGAAAAUCCGCGAUCGACACAAUCGGAAAGAUUUCUCGACAAGUGAACCUCAACGAUUAUGCCUCCAAGAUUAUCCAUCCUUUGGCGAGAGUUCUGGGUGGUUCAGACCCGUCGUUGAGAGUUGCAGCUUUGGAUACCCUUUGCGCGUUGAUUUUCCAACUGGGUAAGGAUUACCUACACUUCGUUGGCACGAUCAACAAGGUGCUUACAGCCAACCAAAUCCAACAUCAAAACUACGAACUUCUCGUUAGCAAGUUACAGAAGGGCGAUGUUCUACCACAAGAUCUUAAUGCGGAUGACCGAUACCGGUACCAGGACAGUGACAAUGUUCAAGACCCCUCGAACAAGAAGCUCGACUCCAAUCCAGUGCAUCUGAAGGCUGCCUGGGAUGCUACUGGCAAGUCAACCAAGGAAGAUUGGCAGGAGUGGAUGAGAAGAUUCAGUUUGACGGUCUUGACAGAAUCCCCCAACCAUGCUCUUAGAGCUUGUGCUUCUCUUGCUAGUAUCUACCCACCGCUGGCACGAGAGCUGUUCAAUUCUGCAUUCGUAUCUUGUUGGAGCGAUCUUUUUGAGCAAUAUCAAGUACCAGACCACAAUCAAACCCCUCAUCGAUCGAUAACUAACCGACCUCAGGACGAUCUAAUCCAGAAUAUCGAAGUCGCGAUUCGCUCGCCGCAUGUGACCCCAGAUCUCCUCGGUGUUCUGUUAAAUCUUGCUGAAUUUAUGGAGCACGAUGAUAAAGCGUUGCCAAUUGACAUCCGUGUUUUAGGUCGUGAGGCUGGCAGAUGCCAUGCUUGGGCUAAGGCUCUCCAUUACAAGGAAUUGGAAUUCAUUCAGGACCAAUCGGGUGGGGCCGUCGAAGCCCUUAUCCAAAUCAACAAUCAAUUACAACAAUACGAUGCCGCUAUCGGUAUACUGCGUAAAGCCCAGUCGUUCAAGGAUGGCAUUACAUUGCGGGAAACUUGGUUCGAAAAGCUUGAGCGAUGGGAGGAAGCUCUGGAGUUCUACAAAAAGCGCGAACAAGAAUUUCCUGAUGGUGGAGAUGCCUUUGAUGUUAUCAUGGGCAAGAUGCGAUGUUUCCAUGCACUGGGAGAGUGGGAUCAACUUGCCAACUUGGCACAGGACAAAUGGCAUACCUCAACACUGGAUAUCAAGAGAAGAGUUGCCCCUCUUGCGACAACAGCUGCCUGGCAAUUGGGACAAUGGGACUUGAUGGAUGAUUAUCUCAGUGUUAUGAAGACAAACACACCCGAUCGAUCAUUUUUCGGCGCCAUCCUGGCCUUACAUCGAAACCAGUUCCGAGAAUCUGCAUUAUAUGUACAAAAGGCUCGAGAAGGUCUUGACUCGGAAUUGAGCGCUCUAGUCAGCGAGUCUUACAAUCGAGCAUACACCGUCGUUGUUCGUGUACAGAUGUUAGCUGAACUUGAGGAGCUCAUCACAUACAAGCAAAGCGUUAAUGACCCGAUCAAACAGGAGACUAUGCGGCAUACUUGGGAGAAGCGCCUACUUGGAUGUCAACGAAAUGUCGAGGUUUGGCAGAGAAUGCUGAAGCUGCGCGCGUUAGUCAUUUCACCAAAGGAGAACAUGCAGAUGGAAAUCAAGUUCGCCAACCUCUGCAGAAACUCUGGCAGAAUGGGUUUGGCAGAGCGGUCUCUGAAGAGUUUGAUUGGCAAUGACGAUACUCUCGAUUUGUUGUUGCCUUGGACUGAAACUAACCCUCGACAAAACGGCCAUCGAAAGAUGGCGAAGAUUCAUCCACACGUGGCAUAUGCUGUUCUUAAGUUCCAAUGGACCGCAGGCAAGCGGGGCCCGUCUCUCGAUGGACUCAAGUUAUUGACCGAUGAUAUGAAGAAGAAAUUGGAUGCUGCACACGCGGGCCAACAAGGCGUCAUGAACGGCGAUACUCAUGUCAAUGGUCCCAAUGGUGUUGCUGGUUAUAUCAAUCCAAACGCUAUCGGUGCCAAUAAUCCUGGCUUGUGUGCUGCCGCAAGGGCUACUACCACCAAUCUUCUCGCAAGAUGUUUCCUUAAGCAGGGCGAGUGGCAAGUUGCUCAGAACCAAGGUGACUGGCAUCAUGAACACAUCCACGAUGUUCUGGAAUCUUAUCGUGCUGCAACUCAUUACAAUCCCAACUGGUACAAGGCUUGGCAUGCGUGGGCUCUGGCAAAUUUUGAGAUUGUCCAAUCUAUGAAUGCAAGCUUGGACCGUAAUCGUGAUGUUAUUGUUCCCCCGGACGUACUAGCCAGCCACGUUGUACCAGCUAUUCGCGGAUUUUUCAAGUCAAUUUCUCUCUCUCACUCAAGCUCUCUACAAGAUACUCUCAGACUUUUGACCUUAUGGUUCUCUCACGGUGGAAGCUUAGAGGUCAACACCGCAGUCAGCGAAGGUUUCACGUCAGUGAGCGUCGAUACAUGGCUCGAAGUCAUUCCUCAAUUAAUUGCAAGAAUCAAUCAACCAAAUCAUCGUGUACGACAAUCGAUCCAUACCUUGCUUUCGGAUGUUGGCCGAGCUCACCCACAGGCCCUCGUUUAUCCUUUGACCGUUGCAAUGAAGUCAGGCCCCAACACUCGUCGUUCAAGAUCGGCAGUACAGAUCAUGGACAGUAUGAGACAACAUAGCGCUAAACUUGUUUCACAAGCUGAUAUAGUGAGUCACGAACUCAUUCGUGUUGCUGUUUUGUGGCAUGAACUCUGGCAUGAAGGUCUUGAAGAGGCUUCUAGACUCUACUUUGGUGAUCGUAAUAUCGAAGGCAUGUUUAGCACACUUGCACCUCUACACGACAUGCUUGAUGAAGGACCUCAAACACUUCGCGAAAUUUCCUUUAUGCAAACAUUCGGUCGCGAUCUUCAAGAAGCUCGUGAGUGGUGCUACGCAUACAGACAAUCAGGAGAUAUUGGAGAAAUCAAUUCGGCAUGGGAUCUUUAUUAUCAGGUUUUCCGAAGAAUUGCUCGGCAAUUACCACAACUAAACAACCUUGAACUUGCAUAUGUAUCGCCCAAGCUUCUUUCGGCUCGCGACUUAGAUCUUGCUGUGCCUGGCACAUACCAGAGUGGUAAGACAAUUGUGCAAAUCGUCAACUUCGAGACCAAUUUCAGUGUCAUUUCAUCCAAGCAGAGACCACGAAAACUUGUUCUCAACGGAAGUGAUGGCAAGCAGUAUGCUUUCCUUCUGAAGGGUCAUGAAGAUAUUCGUCAAGAUGAGCGUGUUAUGCAGUUGUUCGGUCUUUGCAAUACUCUUCUACACGGCGAUUCCGAGUCUUACAAGCGACACUUGAAUAUCCAAAGAUAUCCAGCUAUUCCAUUGUCGCAGAGUUCAGGUCUUCUGGGAUGGGUUCCGAAUAGUGACACUCUUCAUGUUUUGAUCAGAGAGUACAGAGAGAGUCGCAAGAUCCUGCUUAACAUUGAGCAUCGUAUCAUGCUUCAAAUGGCACCAGACUACGAUAACUUGACACUCAUGCAGAAGGUUGAGGUCUUCGGCUAUGCAUUAGACAAUACCACCGGCCAAGAUCUUUAUAGAGUGCUUUGGUUGAAGAGUAAGAGCUCAGAGUCAUGGCUUGAACGAAGAACAAACUAUACUCGAUCAUUGGGUGUUAUGUCUAUGGUCGGAUACAUCCUUGGUCUCGGCGAUCGUCAUCCUUCCAAUUUGAUGCUCGACAGAAUUACUGGAAAGAUUAUCCACAUCGAUUUCGGUGAUUGCUUCGAAGUUGCUAUGCAUCGCGAGAAGUACCCCGAGCGAGUUCCGUUCCGAUUGACCCGAAUGUUGACCUACGCAAUGGAGGUUGGAAACAUUGAAGGAAGUUUUAGGAUCACCUGCGAAAACGUCAUGCGUGUUCUACGUGACAACAAGGAAUCUCUCAUGGCAGUCCUCGAAGCUGUAGGUACCACUUGGCCCACCACUGACAACAUUAUACUAACUACAAAAUAGUUCAUCCACGAUCCUCUCCUUAACUGGCGCCUAACCAGUGACGCAUCACCAGCAGGUCCCAACUUUCACUCUGACCGUCGCGACUCCAUAAUGGGCGAUCGCCGACCCUCGAUCAUGGACGCCGACAUCCCACCCACAGCUCUCAUGGCACAAGAUCCCACGGGUCUUCCUGGUGGCGCACCACCUUCCUCUCGUCCGCGUGCACGAACUAACUCGACUCUUCCGGCCAAAUCUGACGAUGGCGAGCAGCCGGAAAGUCAGAAUGAGAGAGCGAUGCAGGUUCUUAAUCGUGUUAAGGAGAAGCUUAUUGGACGCGACUUUAAGCCCGAGGAGGAGUUGACUUAUAUCGAUCAGGUUGAUAAGUUGUUGGUUGAGGCGACGAAGUUUGAGAAUUUGUGUCAGCAUUACAUUGGAUGGUGUAGUUUCUGGUAAAAUCGGGGUUUCCUUUUUUUAGGUCGGCAAUUUCGAUGUCUGUUGAGUUUUUCUAAUGGAUGGAUGGAAUGGAAUGGGCAUUGAAGGCGAUGGAUGGAUGGGGAUCUGGGUGUAGUGGCGUCUUUUUUUUUCCCGCUGCUUUACUGAGCUAGGAAGGGAAGUGAUUUCUGAAUGGUAGCUUUGAGAAACUUGAGCAUGAAAUGAAAUGGGAUUGAAUGGUCUUUUUGUUGGUGGAGAUGGGUAUUUGAGGGUGGUGGGUGUAAUACUUUGUAUUGUAGGGUAGCAAGUGAUACCUUUGAUUGUUACC